UUAAAGUUAACACUGCGCAUUACUACCUCCAAAUUCCACGCGUAGCACAACCAACAAUGAAGGCUUUAGCUAAAUUAACACUAUUUUGCGCGAUUUUGGCCAUUAUUGCCAACAAUGUCUCCUCUGCUGAUCUAUUACAAAAUGUUAUACCCACUAUCAUGCAAAAGUACUACAAUUUGGCACCCACCGAAACCGGUUACCGUUUAGUUAUAGAAAAUCCAAAUGGCAGUAGACGUGAAGAAGUUCAAAUGAUUUUGAAUCCUGGCACACCCGAACAAGAAACCGUUGUUAUGGGCAUGUAUUCGGUGUAUGAUGACAAAACGGAUACGGAAACUAUAACCAUGUAUACGGCAGAUAAGAGCGGUUAUAAGCCACGUUUUAGUAUUAAGCGUAAAGCUAGAUCAGCAAAUGUUAAUAAAUCGAUUUUAGGACGUUAAUAUUAAUGUUUUUUAACUAAAUAAAAUAUAUU